AUGUCUGACCAUGAGUCUUUAGCAACAGUGGUGUAUAUGGUAGUUGAUCGGAGGUGCCCUGAAAAAGUUACAGGACCUUACAAAGAUGAUCCAGUGCCAACAUCUUUUGUUCCUGGUGCAGGAUAUCAUCUUGUAAUUGAAGCUUUUGGGGGAAGAGAAAGUGGGAGGUUACAGCACAAAAACUUAGUUAGAUUGGUGGGUGAAAAUUGUAACUGCAGCAUGCUCUCAAGACUUUUGGAGGCUGAACAAAAGAAGGUUCAAGUUCUUUGCGCUAACGGUUGCAUGGUACCUAGUCCUAUGUCAUUGCUCGGUGCAAUGCAUGAUACAGAGUUCUUAAUAACCUUCCAGUGCACCUUAAAGGAAGCCUCAUGUUGCUGUCGUGGUUGGAAAUUUGGAAUUGCCCCAGCUUGAUCUCUUUGCCAGAUGGGUUGCAGUAUCUCCGUACACUCAAACACUGCAAAUUGAAGAAUGUCGACAUUUGGAGAGGCGAUGCGAGAAAGAGAAAGGCGAGGACUGGUCAAAGAUAGCUCACAUCCCUCAUAUUUGGACUAUUGGCCUAUAUAGUCCUUGAUAUCCAAUGACUGAAAUGCAUCUGAAGGGAGGAGGAAUGGGACACCAGCUACUGAAUUUUUGCAAUCUUCAUAUUUUUUUCAUUCUUUAUGGUAUCCAGCAACUUCUUGAGCAGGAUAAAAACUUACAAGUUCAGGUUGCCAAAUUCAUGCAGCAAGCUAAGGAUUGACUGAGAAAUUUCCAUACAUGUGCCCCUGCUUUAGGGAAGGUGCAGCACCGGCGAGAGAGUAAAUUUUUGUGCCUCCAUGGGAUUAGUUGGACUUGAAACGAUCUCAGUGAUGUAGUUACAAUUAGGGGUAGCUAGAGGAAGUUGGUGGCAGCAUAUAGAUGCCCAUGUAAAUCUCGUGGGGCUUUAUCUGGCCGGACGUACAGGACCUGUUGUUCUAGGUUUCAUUCUGCAUUUGGAUGGGAUAGUGGAAGGCAGGGCCUACUGUAAAAUCAUCUCUUCUGUCUCUUACAACAGGUUUCAUAGAUUCUUUAUUCUAUUUGUGCUUUUUUUCCCUUCUUUUUCCUUUCCAGCAAAUGCUAUAAUUAGUUGGGAUAAGAAAUUAAUAUAAGG